ACCUUUCUCUCAUCAUUGUCGGAAAGCAUCAAACUCACCGGACAUGGAUAUGAGUGUCAACCACAUCUACGCAGUUGCAUUGUCAGAUUCUGCAUCAGCGGACACUCCGAAUUGGGCGAUCACGGUGCAGCCCAAGAAACAGAAACGAUUGUUUUUCCAUGAUCACCCUCAAACCUCGGUCUUCCUCUCCACCAACACAGACAACAGCGAAAGAAGAAACAGCGAUGGCUUCAAAGGAGAAGAGCUUCUUGUCAAGCUCUUGAUCGCCGAAAACGAUGUCGCUGGAAUCGAUAAUCGCGUUCAAGAAGUCCUUUCCAAGGUCGACAAAAACCAACCUUCAGACUCAUGGCUCCGCUCCGCCAUUCUCGCAUUACAGCAAGCUCACCUUUGCAACAAAUUCAGCAUCGACGACUUCCAACAGAUGGCGACGCAAACUUUGAAAUCUCAGCAAUCUCACCAUGAGACUGUCGCUGUGGAGGUUGAUUUCCUGUCUGAGCUUGGACGCACACAAUCCGUGGAAGAAAUGCAUGAAACAAGGGAGAAGGCCAUGAACAAGAAGAAGGAUUCGAGCUUUUUCGGAUUCAGAAUCACGAGACCGCAGGCGAUGCCGAAGAAAGUGAGAAGAGUCAAUUCUUGGGAGAGGCAGGAUGAUGCGUAUGGCGGUUUGAUGUGAUUGGCAUCACAGUGAUGGUGAGAGGGAUGGGGAAGAUGCGGGAUGAACGGGUGGGGUGUAAUGGUUGCGUCAGAGGAUCUGCAGUGCAGAUGGACAACAAACACAGAUAAUUUGUUGCCAGCAGCGAUGUUCAGCAUGACAAUCAAGAAUAUAGCCAGCAAAAAAUCGUAUGCAGUAUAAGGUCAAGAUUGGUUUUCUCGACAGAGAAGGGAUCAUAACGAAGGAUAUGAAUGGCAAGAACGGAACGUCGUCAAGAUUUAGGUUAAACAGCAAUGGAAGCGGAUCAUUACCACAUCC